GUACUUUACUAUCAAGAGGUGCACAUGGUUUUUGAGAUUUUUUCGUUUACCUGCUCAAAAAUACUAAUAUGAUAUACACAUGUGCCAUCUUGAAUUUUUUUUCGAAAAUAUUACUGGAAAAUUAGUGUUUUUAGAAUUUUAAUGAAGCCUUUUUUAUCUGGAAUUAUAUAAUUUUCUAGUGCUGUGUGCUAAAGUUGUUUGGAAUUGUUGAAGAUUCUUUAAUGUACACUGUUAAUUUUAUUAAAUUGAGGAUAAUUAACAGUUAAAAAUUGUGUUUAAAGGAUUAUACUUUAUAGAAGACACAGAUAAAUCCAAACAGUAAGGCUUAUAAUGAAGGUAUUAAAGUGGGAGAUUAUGUUGAGAGUAUAAAUGGCCAAAACACAAAAGGGAUCGAACAUCAGAGUGCCCAGCAAAUGAUAAAGAAUGCAACAGAUCAGCUGAUGCUAGAACUUACAAGAGAAAGUUCCAAAACAAAUGGUACAGUGAAUGGUGAGGUACACAAUCACAUAGACAGCCAGCUGGACUACCUUAACUCAGGAAAAAUGAGGAAACCAUUUGCUCACAAUGCUCCAAGUGAGCAUUACCAAGGUGAUCAAAAGCCUGUAGGUUAUAAUCAAGGUCACGGUUACCUGGGAAUUCAAGGUAACCAUGUGCCUAGUAACCAGGCUGUCAGUUACCAUGGCAACAGAAAACCAGGCUCGAGUUCAGUCUGGACACCAAAUGGAGAUAGUCGGCCGACAAAGACGUACAAGCCAGUUUCUUUCUCUCACCAUCAGUCACCAUCUCACAGCUCGCAAAAUAUACCAAUGAUGGUCACUGUAAACACAAACAGAGUAAAGUCCCGGACGGCACCGGCAAGUCCGGUUUUCCAGCGUCAGUAUAGGACAGCACCAACAAGUCCUGUAAUGUUUCAGUCCGUCCUCAAAAUACCACCGCUGUCUCCAAGAUCUGCAAAGAGAGACCCGGACACAAAUGACCGUGACCUAUACAGAGGCCAGCAGCAGACGUAUGGAGGUGUGUCUGCUUCAGAAAAAAAUGUAAGUGCUGACAAUAGUGCAUGGUCAUUGCCAAUAAAGAUUGAGGCUAAAAAGCAGAAUCCUGACUAUAAUUCACAACAAUCUGCAAGUCAUGAUUCCCCAAGGUCAUAUGGUUCGCCUAGGUCACAAUCUUUUUUCCCUCCACCCCGAGAUUUCGCCUCAGGUCAUGGUGAACUUCCAAGAGAAAUUCCUGUUGUGUUUAAAGGAAUAAGUGAAAGUAUUAAGGGUCUAAGGCAAGUGCCUGUUGAAGUUGAUCAAGGUCAAAAUCCUGAUCUGGCAAGGUCCGUCAAUAUUGAAAGGAGUCCAAUACAACGCGCUCUCCUUCGAGAACAAUUUUCCUCGACAGAUGCAGAUGGACAUCAAGGUCAACAAUCCCCUGGUGCGUCAGUUGGUUCUCCAAGACGGGAAAUACCAAUACAAAUACGAAGAGGCCCAUUUUCCUCACAAACUUCAUUGGAAAGUGAUUCAAAACCAGACUCCCCUAGACAGAUAAGGAUUGAACAUGACAAAAAGAAAGCUGAUUUAGAAAAACGAAGAAUAGACCUCGAAAGAGACAUUAAUAAUGUUAUUUAUGAAGCAAUAAAGCAAGUACCAAUUUAUGACAAGCAAACAAAGCAGGAAAUAAAACCCAACACUAUUGGUAAGUACCCAGAUAUUGCUCCCCCACCUUAUGGAGCACAACAAAGUGAAUACAUUAUCCCAACAAAAGUGGAAUCACAGCGAGAAAAGCGUGUUGAAGAAGCUUUACAACAUCAGCUACAAGCAGACAAGAAAAAGACCUUUCAAAAAGACUGGGAAGAAAUGCAACAAGACCAUUCAAUGUCUUAUGCUACUCUGCCUGGAAAGAAAUCAUCCACUGGUGAUUUGCGUUCCAGGCAAAUGUUUGAACCGGACCCAGGAAGCUAUUCUACUCUUCCUUCUUUUGGACAUAAAGUAAGAAGAAGUGGAAGUCCAAAGCUACAGCGUAACAUAGUACAUGAUGAUGAUGUUUGCUUUAGUGAUAUUGAAGGAGGCAGAGGUAAAGCACAACCAUCUUGGAGACCACAGCAUUCGCCACUAUUGUCAAGGCAUGUAUGGAAACCCAAUGUGCAGCCUACCCAGGUACAAAACACUCCUUGGGCACCAACAGCUUCUCCUGAUCAACAAAGACGAGAUCUGUCAAGGGCUCCAAUGUCAAGGGCUCCAAUGUCAAGGUCACUGUCAGAAAGUCAGAGUUAUCCUACAAGACAAGAAGAAGCUAUUGGACUGAGGCAAGAGAGAAGGGGUUUUAUACCUAUACAGAUUCAACAUGAACAGAAACCAAGAAAAGUUGGUGAAGGUAGUUGUGAUGAUGAAAGAGAUUCAAGCCUGUCAAGUUUUGACACCAUAGAUUCUUCUGACCCGAAGAUAAAUGGUACUCAGCCUCCAAUAAAGUCCAGUCCUAAACCAGGUGUGUGGAAACCUGGUAUACAACAUUCUUCACAGGCUCCUUCAUUCACAGAGAAGUCACAGACCGAGGGGAAUCAAUCACCCUCUCUCAAGGAAAUACCACAAAGGUGGAGCCCAGGAGGGCCAUCAAAUACAGCCCACAAAGGCUACAGACCUAUUAGGACAGACUUCUCAAGAGCUCCUAGCAAUAUAUCUGCAAUAACUGCCCCAGAAUCAUAUACUAAGUCACUUGCCAAGUCAGAAGAGAGUUACUCCUCCUGGAAACCUACUCAAAGAGUUGCCCCAACUAAUACAGAAUCUCUGCCGACAAGUGCUCUUUCCCCUCCCCAGCCAUUAUCAUCAUCACAUCAAGAUGCAAGUCCGGUCUCAAAUCAUCACGAUAAAAAGCCGGAAAUAUUAGAGAAUGGAAAUAGUACCGUGUCACCGCCCCCUGUUCAUAAUGGUUUAGAUCAUCAUGUAUCCACUAGCAUGUUACAUCUCAAAGAUGAACCGAGUCAUCUACCUCCAUCACAGAGUCCAUAUAUCACACUUCUACAAAAAAAUAGAGAUGACGAAGAAGUACUAUAUUAUACCGCCACCGGAGGUAGAAAUGAAGGUCAAACAAAGCCUCAAGGUCAAGAGAAUGGUUACCCAAAAGAUAUAGAGUUUGUUGGAGAUCCUAUCUUAGUGACAGAGGAGGGUAAAAUUCCUAAAGGUGCAAUAUAUUUGGGUAAAUCUGAGUCAAUGGAGGGAGAUGUAAAGCAUACGGACACGUAUUAUGCCGUGCCUUCAGAAGAGAAAACGACAGUGACCACAACCAAAGUGAGCAGUCCAAAACGUUAUGAAGAUAUUGGACCGAUUGACGAGGAAAGUGGUAUGCCACUCUCGUUCAGAAAGAAUGUUGAGGAAGACAAACAGCAUGAUUGGUAUAAACAGAUGUACAAAAGUUUACACAGAACAAAGAAAAAGGAAGGAACAGAAUCUGCAACAAACAAUUACAAGCCAACCUACCAGUUUCCAGAUGAUGAUGAUGAUACCAAGUCACUUGAUGUUACAGAGCCGUCUUCAACAAGCGAACCGUUAACGGAAGAAUCAAAGUCCUACUUUUCACUGGCAUCGCCAAAAUCUGCAUUUUCGCCAACAAGUCCUAGUUUGUCAUCAAAGUGUUCGGAACUUUCUCCAUCAUCACCUAAACUUGCAGACAUUUCUCCGCAAAAUUCACACUUGUCACCUAGAGGUGGUGAGAAAACAUCCCCUGGUUCACACCACCAAUUCUCACAUAGUGCAAUCAAUGACACAUCCUCUGCUAAAUUGUCGAGCUGGUCUAAAUCUGAGAAAUCGGAAAAAACUGACAAAUCUGAAAAGUCUGAUAAAAGUAAGUUCUCAAUAACUAGUGUAUCAGAAUCCCUGAGAAGAGAUGCGAAGUUUCCUAGCGGAAAAAAGGACAAAUCGGAUGAGGUAUUUUUUGAGAAGUCCGGAAGCAAGUCAGAUGAUGAGCAAGAUGUGAAUCCAUACAGACCUAGUUAUGAUAAACCUUCUAGAUCAGUGAGAGGUGACAUAAACUCAGGCUACCUCUCUGAACCAGAAUACAGGUCAAAGAUGAGGAGUAAAAGUACAUCCAAUGUCAGCAAAACUGCUCGUGCUUUGUCUGACCCCUGUUUUACCAGAGAUAUAGGCACCCUACCAACUGACUUGGAAGAAUUCAUCAAAUACUUGGAUGAAUGGUCCCCAGCGAGUGCUAGAUCAACAUUAGAGGUGUAUAGGAACCAGCCACGAAGUAUUGUAGACUAUGAGCCCGGCUUCUCAUCUAUAGCAUUUAGAGAAUCUAAAACACAACGCUCAGACAGACCUAAGUCCUACACGGGACUUUCCCCAGCCGAACGAGAAAAAGAAGCCAAGAAGAGAAGUCGCUUGUUUAAGAGACAUAAGGCAGGAUCUCAUAACCCUCCUCCAGAACUUCCAGGCCAGUACAGCACUUACACUGAAGGAAAACACAGUUUUAUUACUGGAAAGAAAUUAGAAAGUUCUGGUUCUGCAGAUGAUGUUGAUAGCUACAAAAAGAUUCAGAAAGGUGGAGAAAUCCCGAUAAAAGGUUUACAGAAACCGGCACCAGAGAAAAGUCCAAAAACUAUCCAGAGCCAGACGAAAUCCUCCAAUGAACCAAUCAAAUCAUCCGAGACAUAUCAUCAGAAACUUUCAAAGUCCCAAAAUAACCAUCUGUUUUCCAAGCCAAAUACAACGCAUGAAACAAAUGAAAAAUCAGUGUAUCGGACCAAUGGUUCGAUACCUUCUAGUAUUAUCCCAAAUCCCCCUGUCCGAAACCCGUUACGGAUAUCUAUUCCAAGUAGCAAACCUUCCCGAUCACGACCUAACAGGAGUUCACAAUCUGCGGCACAGCAGCUAGGUGUAAAGAGCCCGCCGCCAGCACGCAUAAACGGAGUGGAUGAGGAAAUAAAUGAUAGCAGUGCAUUCAGACAUCUAACAACUGAGGAGUUGCGAAGUCAGCAAAGACCUAGUGACAAAGAUCAAAGAAGGAGAGAAGAAGAAGAAUCAUAUAGAAAAAGAAGACUUGAACAAAUUUACGAAGAGGAAAGGCGGAAAAAGAUUUUACAGCAGCAGGCUGACAUCGCUUCACGGAAACACUCGGACUUUCUCUUCAACCCCACCAACCAACAACAAGUACCGUCGCAGAAAUCUCCGAUCCCAAAUGACAGGUUUGAGUAUGGCACAGUACCGGAGGAUAGACGGAGAGGAUUCAAGAUUCAAGGGAAAGCCAAAGGACUGUAUAACUUUACAGCUCACAAUUCAAGAGAGUUGGCAUUCAGGAAAGGUGACAUUUUAUACCUGAUAAGACAGAUAGACGCAAACUGGUUUGAAGGCGAGAGAAAUGGACGUAUUGGUAUAUUUCCUGUCAACUAUGUUGAAGUGCUAACAUCUAUAGAGGAGGCCUCUACAGCAGCCAGACAGUCAGAGGGGCAAGCUAGAGCCAAAUACACGUUCAACUCACAAACCUCUGUUGAGCUGCCCCUUAAUAAGGGUGAUAUAGUAACAUUAUUACGUAACGUAGAUGAUAAUUGGUUUGAGGGUCGCGUUGGGAAUCGACAAGGUAUAUUUCCGGUGGCGUAUGUAGAAGUGUUGCAGGAGCCGUCGACUCCACUUAUUACACCAGCCCCCUCUGUCAUUACGACACCAAUGACAGGACGAGGUACACCUGAGAUGUUGUCACCUGUCAGUUAUGAUGGAGCACCUACCCCACCCCCACAGCCAUCCCCAGGGGCUUUCACAAUGCAGUCAGAUAAUCUUGGAAGUAGAUAUGCAACGAGUCCACGAGAUCAACAUUUUUCACAGCAACAGGACGACAGUAGAUUAAGAUCGCAAAGACAUGAAAAUAUAUCACCGCAGAGAUUCGAGGGCGUACAAUCUCAAAGACAUUAUGACAACUCGUUGUCGUCUAGACAUAUGAACGGAGGUUAUUCAUCGCCACAACAACACAGUUUUAGUGACUUUUCAGCGCGAAGUCAGCGAAGCCCUCAACAAAUUAGAAAAGACAAUCCACCCUCUUUAAACAUUACAGCAAAAUCAGUGUCUACCCCUAAUGUAAGCAUGACUAGUAAAAGUAGAAACUUUAGCAAAGGAACUAGACAAGAAGAAGAUUUAGCAAUAGCAAGGUACCGAGCAAUCUAUGCAUACAGACCUCAGAACGAGGAUGAACUUGAGUUAUUAGAAGGAGACGAGAUUUAUGUAAUGGAAAAGUGUGAUGACGGUUGGUACGUCGGAACUUCAGGUCGAACCGGAAUGUUCGGUACCUUCCCCGGGAACUAUGUUACCCGAUCACAAUAGCUUCUGCUCGUAUAAUAGGUAGAAAGCAUAAAUAACCAGUAGUGCCAAUUUAGCAGUUUUUGUACAGAAGAAGCUGUGUUGUAUAUAACAUGUAUAUAUGCUGUGUAAAUAAAUGUGUAGAUUAAUAUGUCUGCGAGAACACAACUUCCUCAAACUCUGACUUACUAAAUCUAUAUAACAUUUAUGUAUAUGGGUCUAAAAAGAUGGACACUGACAAAAAUAGUCAAAUGGAAGGAAACAUAGUGAAUUGAUGUGGUUUAUAAAUUCUAAAGACUUAAAGUUUAGAGACUAUCUGGCUUUAUAUUAGCUCCUCCUCCUUUUUCAUGUCAGCACCUCCCACAUUAAUUAAUUGCCAAUCACUCAAAUUAAUGUCUAGUGCUAAUUUUGUUUUUCUAAAUAUUCUAGCAAUUUAAUUGGCUGUGAAAUAUAGGGCAAAUGCUUUUGAAACACCUUAAGAAUGAGAAAAUCGGCUGAAAAGUUUACAUAAUGUGCUUUUGUAAUAGCUUCAACAAGGUGGUAGCAAAUGAGUUUCUGCAAAUAUUGAUUUAUGUCCAAUCUACUAAUGAUUCAAUCCAAAUGGAGCAAAGAUCUGUGGACAGUUUUCUCUUAGAUUUGAUGCCUUUUCAUGAUGCCUUUUGCUUUUAUGCAAAUGAAGUCUGUAUAAAUUCAAGUUAAGAUCAUGUCCGAUAAAUUCUGUUUUGAAUGUUUUUCAAAUUUUUGUUGAGCUUUUUGUUUGCUAUUCUUCGUGUUAUUGUUUAUUUUUUAAACAUUAGAUAUUUAGUAUAUGAAUUUAACAAAAAUCAUUUACAUUGUAUAGUUCAAUUUUGCAUUUAUUUAUUAUUGCAUGUUUUUUUCAUUUUUUAUUGACAAUGUUUCAUUAACGAAAUGUAUAUGGGUCAAAUUGCUAUGUAUGUAUGAAUCUGAACUUUUGUUAUCUUUUUAUGAGCUCAGACUCUCUGAGCUUGUAAGAUCAGUGCAUCUUCAUUGUUUACG